GUGUGUGUGUUGCAGCUUAGAUUUUGACGUGUAACUACUAUUUAGGACAGCAGACAGGGUUAUAUAUGAAUUUAGGACAGUACUUAAACUUCAUGGUUAUCUGAAGCCGUGUAAUGAUUACAGCAGUUGCUGAAAUCUCGCGAGGUUUCGGAGAUCUCGCCUGAUCGUGCGAAGAGCGGUCGCACAUCAUUCCGGAGGAGACGACGACGACGUCUGGGUGGAGGGUCUCGAGAUGACUGAUGGUGAUAUGGAGCUUCGGUGAGAAUGGAACUCUCCCUGUCCAAACCAGACAAAAUGGGCAAGACGAGGCUGUUUCGCAUCUUUCUCAUUUUAGGCUCUGUCUUCAUGAUCCUGCUGAUCAUCAUCUACUGGGAUGAUGUUGGAGCCACCCAUUUUUACCUGCACACAACCAUAUCCGGACCUCAUUCUUCCCGCCUCCCACCCGAGAGUCAUGCAGCUUCCAAAAACAAAGUUGAGGAGGACAAGGAUGGCUCGUUCCUGGCCGACAUUGACGCUUUUGUCAACCAGUUCCUGGAAGGCACCUCCGACCCUACGGAGCAAGUGAGAGCUGAAACGCCGCCCGGUGAGACUCACAACCAGUCCUCAGAAAAACCCGAGGAAAGAUUCGUCCCCAGGCGCGAGUGGAAGAUCCACCUGACCCCGAUCGCCACAGAGAAGAAGCAAAGGCAGGACAGCAGGAAGCAGCUGAUCCACGAUCUUUGCAGCAGCAACAGCAGCUUCGACUUCCCAGGCAAGAACAGGACGUUCGAUGACAUCCCCAACAAGGAGCUGGACCACUUGAUUGUGGACGACCGACACGGGAUCAUCUACUGCUACGUUCCCAAGGUGGCGUGCACCAACUGGAAGCGCAUCAUGAUCGUGCUGAGCGAGAGCCUGCUGGUGAACGGCGCACCCUACCAGGAUCCUCUGGACAUCCCCGUCGAGCUCAUCCACAACAGCAGCGUGCACUUCACCUUCAACAAGUUCUGGAAGCGCUACGGCAAGUUUUCUCGUCACUUGAUGAAAAUCAAACUCAAGAAGUAUACCAAGUUCCUGUUCAUCCGAGACCCUUUCGUGCGGCUCAUCUCGGCUUACCGCAACAAGUUUGAGCUGGAGAACGAGGACUUCUACAAAAGAUUCGCUGUGAUAAUGCUGAAAAGAUACAGCAACUAUGUCGACCCGCCGGCGUCGGUGGUGGACGCUUUCGCUGCUGGAAUCCGACCGACUUUUUCAAACUUUAUUCAGUAUCUGUUAGAUCCGAACACCGAGAAAGAAAUGCCAUUCAACGAGCACUGGAGGCAGAUGUACCGCUUGUGCCACCCUUGCCAGAUAAAUUACGACUUUGUGGGAAAACUGGAGACCUUGGACGAGGACGCUGAGCAUUUGUUGCGCAUCCUGCGCGUGGACAAUGUCGUCCAGUUCCCACCGAGUCGUCACAACAGGACGGUCAGCAGUUGGGAGCAGGACUGGUUCGCCGACAUACCUUACGAAUCACGCAGACAGUUGUACAAGCUCUACGAGGCUGACUUCAGACUGUUUGGGUAUCCUAAACCUGAGAAGCUUUUAAACGAGUGAAAUGGGUUUCUGAGUAUUUUCUUGCUGUGGGUUAUUUAACUGUAGUUCAUUUGGUUAAUGAGUAAAUUUUUUUUUUUUUUGUGGGUCCCCUUUUCUCUGUGAGCAUCGCUCCCGUUUGCUUAUCACACAAGCAUUAGAAAGGGUUGAUUAGAGUGAAAACCGAUAUUACAUUCAAAUUUUUAAAAGUUUCCUGUAUACAGAUUUAUACUUUUUAUCUUCUUUUGAGAACACAUCCGUCUGGCACGCAGUACUGUACUGUAAAGUCGGGCGAAGAUGUAGGUUUUAAUUAUUAUAGAAUAUCACAACAACAGUAAUAAUAAUAAUAAUAAUAAUAAUAAUGGCUUAUGCCUUUAGUUUUUCAUAAAGUAUUCUUUUUACUGUCCUCAAUUAACCAUCAUUCAUAGUUUCUUUCAAUUUGAUUUUAAAGAAGUAUGCAGCUUGAACAUACAACUGCUAUGUUCUGCACAUUUAGGGCAGUGCACAUAGAAUAUGUAGAAUAUUUUUGUAUAUUUGCUAUUUUGGAAGAGCGAACUUUUAGCUUUAUAAAGGAAAGGAUUCACUGCACUCCUGUAGCAUUGCAAGAUCAAACCAUUUUGCUGGCACUCAUUAAGCGUAGCUUGUGUGUAGACAUCACCUCAUUUUUUAUUUUUUUUUUCCAUAGCAUUUGCAUUUUUAUCACCCACCUCAGGAUGCAAACACUUUUUUCAGACCUCAUUUAAAAUGUAUUGAGUGCAAAUGGAUUUUCAGACGUUUACUUAGGAAAAAAAAGAAGAAAAAACCCGAGCAGUAUUGGCUCUAAUAUGCACUCCACACAAGGUAUUUCUGUUAUUGCUGUGUGAUGAAACAGUGUUUCUGAACAUCUUCUGUUUUUUAUGAAUGUUUAAUGUUUAACAGGCGUCAAAAAGACAUUUCUUUAAAGCAGGGCAGUGCGGUUGACAGAUUGGAGCUCCUGUUAGUUUUCAUGGCAUCUUUCCUUUCAUCAUUUGCAUUCGUUUCUGCUUUGAUUUGAACAUCGGUUCCCCUGGCAGCAAGCCGCUCUCGCUUCAUUGCUACAUCUCUCUUAUUGUCAGUGUGCCAUGUGUGCCCUUUUUUAAAUUUUUAUUUAUUUUUUUUUUAUAAAUGUCCAUCUCUCAAGAGCUGGUCAUGGAUUGUGGACAAGUUUUACUUGUUCUGGUAGACUUAGCAUUUAGCAAAUGAUGCCUGGUUUGAGUAUUGUUUUGUCUAAAUGCAGACUCAGCAGACGUGGAGCGGUCUUAAAGCACAAAUAUUUGUCCAAGGCCCUUAAACAGUAAACAGUUCACUUUAGGCGCCUGAUUUGCUCUCCAGCGUUUCCCAGAAUUCUCCAUACGUAGUGGACUGUGUUUGCCAGCAUCACGUCAGUUGUGCCUUCGUCAGCGGAUGUUCGUGGACGUCCGCUUCUCCGUUGGUCCACAACACUUCCAGUCUUUUUGAAUUUGUUAAUAAUGUGCUCGCCGUGUUUCCUUUUAAAGUCCAUCUCAACCUUGCGACAGCUUCUGAUCCAGCCAUGAGAAUGAUUUCAAUACGAGAAUGAUUUCUCAAGAAGACAAUAGUUCUUCUUUUGUCAAAGGCAUCUGUAAAGGAUAUCUGAAAAAAAAAAUAAUAAUAUAAACUAAGUAUGAAACAUUUUGGAAGAUAUUUUGCAAAAAAAAAACAAAAAAACCUUAAUGUACAUCCUAUGUAUGGAGACUUUUGGGAUACCAUGCAGAGUAAAGUAAGCGUGUCACAAGGACUUGCGAGGGAUUUUACGUGGGAAGUUUUCGGUUUUCGGUUGCCGUCACGGUGUUUUUGCGUGUUGCAUUUUGCACAUGGAACAGUUCUUGUCCUGGAUGAGAACGCCGUUUCUGAGAAACAGGAAUGUGUUACGGUGAAAUGGUGUACAGAGAGCAGGAGCGUUAUGAAGCACAGUGUGACUGUAGUAGGUCAGAGGAGGAAGGUUUUGUGUGUGUGUGUGUGUGUGUGUGUGUGUGUGUGUGUGUGUGUGGAAGCCUAAACCACCAUCAGCAGCUGUACUAGAGGAGGCACUGCACCGGGUGCUAGCAGUGCCUUUCUUAAGAUAAGAUUUAAAAAGUUUACACAAACAAAAAUAAAUAUGUAUAAUGUACAGGUAUUUUUGUAAAUGGGUCAAAUUUGAGAUUUUCUUUCUCACUUGCUAGUUAGAUGAUGGGAAAACAUUUAAAAGUAUUAAAUUCUGUGUCGUGUAAUUUUAAUCCUAGGGGUUUUGUUUUAGUUCUGGCUGUAUUGGCGAGAUCUGUUUAGUUAUUUUUCCAUCAUUUUCACUGUUGUUUAUUUUUUUGUCACUCGAUUCCCAUAGUUUACAAAAAAAAACCAACGUCAAUGCAGUUAAAUGUCCGCACAGUAUUUCCUGAUGUUCUUGUGCCACAGUAUUCACUGAAACGUUGACAUAAAUGACAGACACAUGCUCGUUCGCUGGCUGAUGUGAGAUUUAUAUUAAAAAAAAAAUAUUCUGAGAUGAUUCUCCAACAUGAAGGUUUUGUGUUUGCAUGGAAUAUGUUCAUUUCAAGGGAAAUUGCUGUGUUUGCGAUUCAAAAGGCGAUGUGUAUUUCUUAAUGUUGCAUCAACUGAAAAACAUUCUCCAGUGUGCUGAUCUGGAAUACAGUUUUGUAUUUGGCUGGUGUUUUUUGUUUGUUUUUGUUUUUUUAAUUUAUUACACUUUAAGGACCUUUGUUAUGCAACGUCAAAAGAACAAAUAAAGCUUAAUGCAUGGUGCAAAA